AUGUCCUCCUUCGUCCCCGUCAACCCCCGGCCCUUCCUCCAAGACCUCGUCAACAAGGACGUGAUCGUCCGCCUAAAGUGGAACGAGACAGAGUACAAGGGGAGAUUAGUCAGCAUCGACUCCUACAUGAACAUCCAGCUCGCCAACACGGAGGAGUUCAUUGAGCAAAAGUUCACGGGCACCCUCGGCCAGGUCCUGAUCCGGUGUAAUAAUGUGCUUUAUGUAAGGGGUGCUGAGGGGGGGGACAAGGGGGGGGAUACGAAGAUGGAGGAGUGA